CUAAUUUAAUAUACUUUUUGAAUUUUUAAAUAAUAAAAAAAUGUUCAAAAAAGUUGCAGUUGGAAUAUCAGGAGGUGUAGAUAGUGCAAUAGCCGCGUUACUGUUAAAGAGACAAGGGUUUAAUGUCUCUGGCGUGUUUAUGCAAAAUUGGGAUAUACGAGAUGAAAAGGGAGUUUGCAGUAGCGAAGAAGAUUAUAAAGACGCCCAAUUUGUAUGUGAUAAAUUAGGAAUUAAGUUACAUCAUGUUAAUUUUGUUAAACAAUAUUGGAAUGAAGUGUUUUGUCAGUUGGUGAAAGAAUAUGAAAUGGGAGCUACUCCAAACCCUGAUGUAUUGUGUAACAGAAAUGUAAAAUUCAAUUACUUUUAUAAGUAUGCCACAGAAAAUUUAGGUGCUGAUGCCAUAGCAACUGGUCAUUAUGCAAACACUAGUUUUGGACCUUACCUUGAAAAAUAUGAACCAGAUAAAGCCAUAAAGCUGUUGUUGGCUAAAGAUGUCAGAAAGGACCAAACCUUUUUUCUUUGCCAAAUAAGACAAGAUACAUUAAGAAAAACAAUGUUUCCAUUGGGGAAUUUUUCUAAAUUUGAAGUGAAGCACAUGGCAGCAGAAAAUAACUUGGAAAGGAUAGCUUUAAAACCAGAGAGUAUGGGGAUUUGUUUCAUAGGAUCUAGAAACUUUCAAGAUUUUAUUAGAGAAUAUAUUUCAGAUAAAUCAGGAAAUUUUGUGGACAUAGAUACAGGACAAAUAGUUGGACAUCACAAUGGCAUUCACCAAUGGACUUUGGGCCAAAGAUCAAGAAUUUCAGGUGUACCAGAAGCUUACUUUAUAGCUAGGAAGGAUGUUGAAAGAAAUAUUAUUUAUGUGGCUUCUGGUACUGACCAUCCCAUGCUUCUCAGCGACUUAUUUUUCACUGGUGUACCUCACUGGAUCCAUUCAGAACCACCUGAACUGCAAGUAAACAACAUUUUAGAAUGUGAUUUUAAAUUUCAACAUACACAACAUUGGAAGCCCUGCCAAGUUUGUAAAACCACACAUGGAUUAACUGUCAAAUUGUACGAGGAAAAAAGAGCCUUGACAAAUGGACAGUAUGCAGUUUUUUCCAAAGAUAGGGAAUGUUUAGGUAGUGCUAAAAUAAUAAGUACACCCAUAUCUAAUUUUUCUUAUAAUUAUAAGUUAGAUAAAUAUGAAUGAGGCAAUCAGGAUGUUGAAAGAAAU